AAAGUGCGUCAGGAUGUGCAAAUACCCUGAAUGCAUUAUGUAUUCAGGGCUCUUGUAAAACAAAGUUGUGCGCAAUAAUUCACUUUUUAAAGAAUUUUCAGUCAACCAUUAUCAAUUGCUUUAACACAGAUUGAGGUCCGACAGACCUUGUAACAGUAUCAAUGCAAGACAGAGCGUAAAUUUGUCUUCUUUUUUUCACCUUUCUUUCUACAUGCCGGUGACCAUGGCUGGCUGUCAUACAGACUGCGUGGAGAAACCGAUCUCCAUCGCCUUUCAGAUGUUUGGACGUUUUGUGGGAAGACACCCUUGGUGGUUCUUUUUAUCUCCUUUAUUUAUUUCUGCUGUGCUCGGGAGUGGAUUUUAUUUUCUGGAAGAUCGUGAAGCUAAUGACAUUGAGGAGCAGUUUACACCUGUUAACGGCCCUGCCAAACUAGAGCGGUUGUUUGUCCAGGAGAACUUUCCACAGAACGACUCGGUGUUUUCCAACCAAAGGGUCUUCACGGAUGGAGUAUACGCAUCGUUCAUCGCGGUCUCGAAAUCGCCCAACAUCCUUACUGAAGAUGCACUCGAUGAAAUAUUGAAUUUAGACAAAAAAGUUAGAGAGCUGAAUGUUUCAAUGGGUCAUGAAGUGUUAACUUAUGAGGGGCUAUGUGCCAGAAAAUAUAACAAAUGCAUGCCAAAUAAGAUACUGGAUGUUGUGAAUUAUUAUGGCAACAAAAUCGAGCGUACUGAGCUCACUUUUCCCUCUCUAAGAUUUGGAUUUACACAUAUUUUUCUAGGAUAUUCUGUCGGUGGAGUAACGCUCAAUUCAUCUGUGAUCAAACGCGCAAAGGCUGUGCGACUUUUUUAUUUCUUAAAGGAUGGCAACCGUUCCACAACAAAUUUGUGGCUCAAUGAAUUCCUCAGGGUGUUUCCCACAAGCAACCUAAAGUUUGUCAGGGUUACCCAUUCAACCUCUCUGUCAAGACAGGUGGAGUUUGAAGCAAACACAAGGGAUGUCAUUCCUUUGUUUUCCAUCACAUAUGUAAUUGCCAUUGUUUUUUCAAUCCUGUCUUGCUUAAGAUUUGACUGUGUGAGGAAUAAAGUGUGGGUUGCCACCUUUGGUGUGAUCUCUGCUGGACUGGCUGUGCUCUCUUCCUUUGGGAUGAUGCUUCACAUUGGAGUUCCUUUUGUCAUGACAGUGGCCAACUCACCCUUUCUGAUAUUAGGGAUUGGAGUCGAUGACAUGUUCAUCCUCUUAUCUUGCUGGCAGCAGACCAACGUCCAUGACAAAGUGGAAGAUCGUUUGGCGAACACCUAUAAAGAGGCGGCUAUCUCCAUCACCAUCACCACUCUGACCGACGUCCUGGCCUUCUACAUUGGCCUGAUGACUCCAUUCCGCUCGGUCCAGUCCUUCUGCCUGUACACCAGCGCCGCCAUCCUGUUCUGCUACAUCUACAGCAUCACGUUCUUCGGGGCAUUCCUGGUGCUGAACGGCCAACGGGAGAACAGCAACAAGCACUGGCUGACCUGUAAGGAGGUGCCGGAGGAGGGCACCGUGGGUCAAUCCAAAUGGUACAACCUAUGCUGUGUGGGAGGGGCGUAUGACCCCCACACCGGCACAGAGGAGGUACAGCCCAUGAACCACUUCUUCAAAACGUAUUAUGGGCCUUUUCUGACCAAGUCUGGGACUAAGCUUUUGGUUAUUCUAUUCUAUUGCAUUUACCUGUGUGUCAGUCUGUAUGGAUGCUUUCAAAUCCAGGAGGGGAUAGACCUGCGCAACCUUGCAGCUGAUGACUCUUAUGUGGUACGAUAUUACAAUGACGAAAAGGAAUACUUUUCUGAGUAUGGUCCAAAUAUUAUGGUUAUCAUACGUGGGGAAUUUCCCUACUGGGAUGAGAAAAAGAUGUCGGAUCUUGAAACAUGCGUAGAAGAUUUCAAAAACCUGACGUUUAUUGAGAAGGACAUAUUUACCUCAUGGCUGAAAUCAUACAAAUAUUAUGGAUAUCACACCAACCUGAAUUUGAAUGCUGAGCACGUUUUCAAGAAAAACCUUAGCUUGUUUUUGAGAUUCUACUCGGAUUUCAAGCAGGAUGUUAAUUUCACAAACAAUUCUAUCCAUGCCUCUCGUUUUUUCGUCCAGACUGUGAACAUAUCUACGGCUCUUGAUGAAAUGAAUAUGCUCAACAAAUUGCGAGAUACUGCCAGGAAGUGUCCAGUUCCUCUACUGGUCUAUCACCCGGCAUUUAUCUAUCACGACCAGUAUGCUGUUAUCGUCGUUAACACUAUCCAGAAUGUUGCAGUCACCGCAGCUGUGAUGCUGUUUAUUUCCCUUAUGUUGAUUCCAAACCCAUUGUGUUCCCUCUGGGUGACAUUUUCCAUCGCCUCUAUCAUCUUAGGGGUGACAGGGUUCAUGGCCCUCUGGGAUGUGAAUUUAGAUGCCAUCUCCAUGAUCAUUCUCGUGGUGUGCAUUGGCUUCUCUGUAGAUUUCUCAGCUCACAUCUCAUAUGCCUUUGUGUCCAGCAAGAAGCCAAGCGCAAAUGAAAAAGCCGUUGAGGCACUCUUUCACCUUGGCUAUCCUAUAUUACAAGGAGCACUUUCCACUAUACUAGGGGUUGUGGUGCUCUCGGCCUCCAAGAACUACAUUUUCAGGACUUUCUUCAAGAUCAUGUUCCUGGUGAUCUUCAUUGGCCUCUUUCAUGGCAUCACAUUCAUUCCGGUGUUCCUUACCUUCUUCGACAUGUGCAGAAGCCCAGCAAAAAUUCGCAAUCAAAAUGAGCAAGAGGGUCAGGCCAUGGCCAACUGCCAAGCAAAGAGCAAGCAGAAAAAUGGGAGAGAGGAUGAGGACAAAGACAAGCAAAUCUACGUCAAUCACAUGUUCGUGCCAGACAGCAAUAACCAGGUGUGUCAAUCACAGACAUGCCCUGCUAUCUGGACAGUGGUGCUUAACAACCAGCACACUGCAAAUGAUCAGGUGUGCCCGGCAAGCACCAUUCCUAUGUUCACGGUGGACAGUGAGACCUAUGAGGUCCACAUGCACACACCAAGCAACAAUGCUUUGGUCACAGAGAGCUGCUACCAAAAGCAGGCAUCUCAUGAGCAUCAGAAUUGUGUCAGGGUGAAUAACCUGUCUGAUGGAAAUGUUCCAGUGUCUCCCAAUUGCUCUGAUGCAGUUAGUCAUGAAUGAAUUCCCCUUGUCCUUUGUUACAUGUGUGAAAAUGUUUAUGCAAGUUACUUAAUGGUGUGAAAGUAUGAGUGUGCAAAUAGCACAUUUGUUGUUCAGGGUACACAGCGGUUUGCUUUGGAAAUAUUACAUAACAACUGUGCGCAUUACUGUUGGGCCUGAAGACCUGAACUCAGUAUAGUGUAAAAAAUAUUCCUUCAGUGUUUGUGGUGGCAGCAAUUUCUGUUUUUAAAAGUCCUAGUUGGUCUGUGAAUAACCAUGGUAGAUCUUGAGGCACUCUGAAUAUUACAAAACUGGCUUCCCUUUAGCCCGGGCUGUUUGAGUAUUCCUGCCAGGUCCUUUUGUGAAUGCUUGUUUGGGAUGAAAUAAUUGGCCAGCGCAUUCCAGAAGCCUGGCAUCUAGGCUAGAGUUUUCCAAUUUCUCAUUUGUUUUUUGGAAGAUAAAAAAAAAAUCGGACUGUGUGUGAUCUUUUGAAAGCGGGGUCGACUGUGAAAUUGUACAUGUGUGUAAAAACUGUAAUGUUAUUUUUCAAGUCUCUUUUUCAUUUAGAUUGUGCGCAUAGCCUCAACAUUAAUGACAUUUCCAAAAGACUAUUAUUAUUGUUUAUAUUCCUGAAGUUUUUAAUUUUGUAAAAAAAAAAAAAUCUGUCAUAUGUUGAGAACUGACAUUUACUUGGAUGGGCUGAAAUAGAUGUUUUAAUCGAUGACAACUGAAUGGACAUAGGAAACCACCAAGUCCUCUUUGUAUUAAGGCUCAUAAAUAAGUGAGUGAUAUUUUUCUUUUUUCUCCUUUGCUUUCAUUCAGACUGCAGUGUGAGAGGAGAUCUUUGAACAAAGCUCAUUUUAUUACUUUGCACCAGAUUAUGCAGUAGAUUAGCAGUAAUUACUCUACUCAGCAUACCAUUCAUUUGGCACAAUAUCGUCUGUCUAUCAGUGUCUCAACAGUGUCAUAAAUGAUUAUUUCGUGU